GGCCCCAGAGACGGCAGCCGCCCCGGCCGACAGCUCCUGAGACCCCGGCAGCCCAGCGCGCCCAGGCACCCACCUCCGCGCCCCUCGCCAGCCACCGCAUCACCAUGUCCCACGUCGCCGCUGCCGCCGUCGUGCUCCUAGUCGCGCUCUGCAGCCAGCUCGGCUCCGGCCAGGACUGCAGCGCGCAAUGCACCCAGUGCGCGUCCGAACCCGCGCCGCGCUGCCCGCUCGGCGUGAGCCUCGUGUUGGACGGCUGCGGCUGCUGCCGCGUCUGCGCCAAGCAGCUGGGCGAGCUGUGCACGCAGCUCCACCCCUGCGACCCGCACAAGGGCCUCUCCUGCGACUUCGGCUCCGCGUCCAAUCGCAACAUCGGCGUGUGCACCGCCCAAGGAGGCGCCCCCUGCGUGUUCGGCGGGAAGGUGUACCGCAGUGGAGACACCUUCCACAGCAGCUGCAAGUACCAGUGCACGUGCCUGGACGGGGCGGUGGGCUGCGUGCCCCUGUGCAGCAUGGAUGUGCGCCUGCCCAGCCCCGACUGCCCCUUCCCCAGAAGGGUCAAGCUGCCCGGCAAGUGCUGCGAGGAGUGGGUGUGUGACCAGCCCAAGGACAGCACCGCGGUGGGCCCUGCCCUGGCUGCCUAUCGACUGGAAGACACAUUUGGCCCGGACCCCACUAUGAUGCGAGCCAACUGCCUGGUCCAGACCACAGAGUGGAGCGCCUGUUCCAAGACCUGCGGGAUGGGCCUCUCCACCCGGGUUACCAAUGACAACGCCUACUGCCGGCUGGAGAAGCAGAGCCGCCUGUGCAUGGUCAGGCCCUGCGAGGUCGACCUGGAGGAGAACAUUAAGAAGGGCAAAAAGUGCAUCCGUACCCCGAAAAUCUCCAAGCCUGUCAAGUUCGAGCUGUCUGGCUGCACCAGCAUGAAGACCUACCGGGCUAAGUUCUGCGGGGUGUGCACCGAUGGCCGCUGCUGCACCCCACAUGCAACCACCACUCUGCCGGUGGAGUUCAAGUGUCCGGACGGCGAGAUCAUGAAGAAAAGCAUGAUGUUCAUCAAAAGCUGUGCUUGCCAUUACAACUGUCCCGGCGACAAUGACAUCUUCGAGUCCCUGUACUACAAGAAGAUGUAUGGAGACAUGGCCUAAAGCCGGAUCGUGAGAGACAUUGGCUCCAUUCACUCAUUAGUCUGUAACUUGAAUUAAUCCACAUCUCAUGUUUAUGUAAAAAUGAUUUCAGUAGCACAUUGUUAAUUUAAGUUUUUUCUAGCUGAUGCGGGGGGAGAGAAAUUCCCACCCCACUGGAAACAUUGUGCCAUGUCUUACAAAUAGUCUACCAACCCCAGACACUGGUUUGAAGCAAGUUAAGACUUGACAGUGGGACGUUAGGGAAUAGUGCCAGAAUGUAUGCACAGGUGUGGCUGUGGGAGCCACAAGCCACAAAUGUCAGCUGGAAGCAGUAACGGGCCUGCUCCCUGCAGAAUACCCGGGUGGAAGACGCCUACAGGCUUGCUGACCUCCCUGUAGCUCCAGCCGUAGCAAGGGCAUGCAUUCUCCAGCCAUCCCGAGGCUGAGUCAGGCUGUUCUAGAAGUCAGAACAGCAGAUUCAGCUGUGACAUUCUGAUUCCAGUGACCGUGACCGUGUGCAGGAAUCAGAAUCCUGUCUAUUAGACUGGACAGCUUGUGGCAAGUUCAUUUGCCUGUAACAAGCCAGAUUUUUUUAUGAAUAUUGUAAAUAUUGUGGAGAUUUUAUAUAUAUAUAUAUAUAUAUAUAUAUUUGUACAGUUAUCUAAGUUAAUUUAAAUUUGUUUGUGGCUCUUUGUUUUUGUUUUUAAUGCUUGGAUAUUUCAAAUGUUAGCCUCAAGUUCUGAAUGCCAUGGAUAGGACAGAAAAGCUUGUCUGAUAAUUGGGAGCCUGAGGUGGAUUGAGGUGGAAAUCCAUCCCAAGUGUUUGCUUGCUUAAGGUGAGGUCACAGAGCCUCUGGCUGUAGGGAACGUGGUGACCUCACUUUUCAUGAAUAAAUGUCCUUUAUUGGGAAAUGACUAGUUCUAUACAGCUGAUCAGUUUUCUAUCUGGAAGCAUCUGUUUGUACUUUGACUAUGACUGUUCUUCAGACAGUUUAUUGGUGGAGAGUAUGACCAAAAGUUACAUGUUUGCACCUUUCUAGUUGAAAUAAAGUAUAUAUUUUUUCUAUAAA